UCUCGUUCUCGACGAACGACGUGUUUGACGAGCUCCGCACGGUAGGGAUGGCGGAGAAGCGGAAGAGCCUCGACGUCAGCGAAAUCGCCGCCGCCGCCGCCGCGGCCCCGUGCGCGACCGGGUGCGGAUUCUUCGGCAACCCGGCCACCGGCGGCAUGUGCUCCAAGUGCUACUGCGAGCACGCCGCCGCCACCGCCACUGCGGCGCCCUCCGACGAGAGGAAGAAGAUGCAGGACGUCUUCAAGACGAGCGCCUUCCCGGCCGCAGCAUCUUGCGGCGCUCCGCCAGAGAAGAAGGCAAGGAUCGUCACGUGCGCCGCCACCGCCGUCGCGCCGUCCCCAGACGGUGGCACCGAUGGUGCAGCCGCUGUCGAGGCAGCGACGGCCGCGGGGAGUCCCGCGAAGCCCGUGGCGAGCAGGUGCGCGGCGUGCCGCAAGAAGGUUGGCCUGCUGGGGUUCCGGUGCUGCUGCGGCGAGACCUUCUGCGGCGCGCACCGCUACGCGGAGAAGCACGCCUGCGGCUUCGAUUACAAGCGCGCCGGCCGCGAGCGCAUCGCCAAGAGCAACCCGGCCGUGGUCGCCGACAAGAUCGCCAGGAUUUGAACGGAAGCAGACAGCCACAAUCCAUCAGCGAUGAACGUGUUUAGUUUGCAGGCGGCAUACCAACCUCGAUCUAGUGUUUUGUUUUGUGGAUGAUGACGUGUAAAUUCAUCCGCCGUCGGUUACCCUUACUCUUUCGUUGUACUGCAUGUUGGUCGACCGCACAAGCACAACCGUGAGGGUGUGGCCAAGAUCCCGCUGCCGGUGAACUCAAACUAGUCUUGUUGAGGGUGUGGCCAAGAUCCCGCCGCCGGUGAACUCAAAUUAGUCUUGUUGAGGGUGUGACCAAGAUCCCGCCGCCGGUGAAC